CGGCUUGUUUGGCUUAGCUUUUGUGGUAAAAGUGUGAAAACACUCUUUUUCAGUUGUGCAAGAUGACUAAGAAGGACUCUGGCACAUCCCAAGAUAAGGGAAAAGUCACAACAAUCACUGUGGCUCAGAUAAAUGCUGAUCGGAUAAAUCAACUUGCCAAUCAAUACUGGGCACCUCAUACAGCCAGCAGCCAUGAAUUAUACAAUCCUGACAUCAUUGAGGAUAUUUACUUCAAGGAGAUUCGCGACACGCGGCACUCGGUCAGGAGGAUCAUGAUGCUGGAGUUUUCACAGUAUCUGGAGAACUAUUUGUGGCCAAAUUAUCGGCAGGCAACAGCUUCUCAUGCGCACAUGAUGUCCAUUGUUUUUAUGCUGAAUGAGAAGUUUCGGGAACGCGUAUCUGUGUGGCAAUGUUUCGAGGAAGAGAGUUCAGAGUUUCCGGGAUUCUUUCAGCAAUGCCUUGAGGCUUGCUUGGAAGAUAAGAAGCCAUCGCCGACUUAUAUGCGUGAGCAAACAGCUCUGCUGCUCUUUCUAAACCAUUGCUUCAAUAGUAUGGAGGUGGAAUUGUGCAGAGAACAGGCGAAAAGACUGGUUUCCCUUACAAUGUGGUCUUGUCUGCAACCUAAGCGCCGAGAGCAGGAACUUAAAGCAAUCCCUGAGUGGAGAAAGUUCUGGAAGAAACUCCAGAAGAGGGAUAAGCCAGAUAUGAAAGAGAAACUUGAGUGGGAGAGGCAUUUUCUUCAGAAACUGAUGAUCAAAUUCAUGGGCAUUCUGGAUUCCGUAUCAAUGGAUGGGGAUGUCAAUGAGGAUGUUGUUCGCUACUGCGAGCGUUUCUUGGAACUCCUCAUCGACUUGGAAGCACUCCUGCCUACACGGCGUUUCUUCAAUACAGUCCUGGAUGAUUGUCACCUCGUCGUGAGAUGCCAUCUGUCCAACUUAGCUAGGCGAGAGGAGGGAAAACUCUUUACUCAGCUGCUGGAUAUGUUGAAAUUCUAUGCAAGAUUUGAGAUCAAUGAUGAAACGGGCGAUGCUUUAACUGACCACGAUAUGACGCUGCUGCACUACUCCAAAAUCACUUCCCUUCAGCGAGCGGCUUUUGCUAAGUUUCCGGACUUGAGGAUGUUUUCGCUGGCGAAUGUGGCCAGUGUGGAUACGAGAGAGUCACUGAAAGAGCACUUCGGCGCUCUGGAUGCGCAGAGCUUGAAGAACAUCGCGUGCUAUUUGAAUUUGGUGCCGGAGAAACUCGAGCCACCGUUUGAGUGGCACAGACUCGAUGAGGAAUUCCUGCGUGAGCUUCUGAUUUCACGUCACGAGAGAAGAGUGUCUCAAUUGGAGGCUCUCAAUGAAAUGCCACUGUAUCCGACUGAGUCGAUUAUCUGGGAUGAGAAUAUCGUACCGACGGAGUAUUUCUCUGGUGAGGGUUGCCUCGCCUUGCCGAAAUUGAAUCUGCAAUUUCUGACUCUUCACGACUACUUGCUGAGGAACUUUAAUCUCUUUAGGCUGGAAUCUACAUAUGAGAUUCGCCAGGAUAUUGAGGAUGCUGUGAGUCGUAUGCUGCCGUGGGUGUCCGAGGAGGGUGAAAUAGUCUAUGGCGGAUGGGCUCGAAUGGCUCUUCCGAUAACUUCCUUCGCCGUCGUGGACGUUUCUAAGCCUCACAUUGGCGAGAGAAAGCCGUCAAGGGUGCGUGCUGAUGUCGCUGUAACUCUGAGUGUCCGGAAAGAGAUUCAGGAUGAAUGGGAAAACCUGAGGAAGCACGAUGUGUGUUUCCUUAUAACAGUACACCCGAAGAAUGCGAUUGGCACUCGUUAUAAUCACCGAGAGCCCUUCAUUCCCCAAGUGGGCCUCGUAAAUGUGCGUGGCUGUGAAAUUGAAGGGAUGCUGGAUGAGAAUGGGAAACUAAUAGAGGAUGGGCCGGAUCCAAGGCCUAUUUUGCCGGGUGAGAAACGCACAUUCCGCGUGUGGUUGGACUGUAAUCAAUAUCGCCAAGAUAUGGAAGCUCUGCAGCAUGGCAGUGACGAUGUCUACGAGGGAUUCAGUAUUAUAAUGAGGAGGAAGCCGAAAGAGAACAAUUUCAAGGCUGUAUUGGAGACAAUCCGCCAUCUAAUGAAUACUGAGUGUGUCGUACCGCCUUGGUUGCAUGACAUCCUCCUAGGAUAUGGUGAUCCUGGAGCGGCUCACUACUCGAGAAUGAAGAACCAAGCAAGAUCCCUGGAUUUUAACGAUACUUUCCUUGAAAUUGAGCACUUGAAGGAGAGUUUUCCGGGUUAUGACAUCAAUCUCAAGGGAGAGAAACUCAUUCGUCCCUUCAGGAUAACCUUUGAAAAUGUCCCAGAAGAGUCUGAGGAUGAUGAUGAGAAAAUGCAAGAUGAUUCUGGAGAUUUAUCAAAGACAAUCACCGUGGAAUCUUAUGUGAUUCCCAGCAGAGGACCAUAUGUUUAUAAUGAACCGAAGAAGAAUACCAUUCGCUUUACACCAACACAAAUUGAAGCUAUUAGAUCGGGAAUGCAGCCGGGAUUGACACUGGUUGUUGGUCCUCCAGGAACUGGUAAAACUGAUGUGGCUGUCCAAAUCAUCUCCAAUUUGUAUCAUAAUCAUCCGAACCAACGAACUUUGAUAGUGACACACUCAAAUCAGGCGUUAAAUCAGUUGUUUGAGAAGAUUAUGGCCCUGGACAUUGAUGAGAGACACUUACUACGUCUGGGUCAUGGAGAAGAGGCGUUGGAGACUGAGAAGGACUUUAGUCGCUAUGGUAGAGUGAAUUAUGUCCUCGGAAAGCGUCUGGAUUUACUGACAAAAGUGCAGAGACUGCAGGAGAGUCUCGGAGUGGCUGGAGAUGUUGCGUAUACUUGUGAGACUGCAGGGUAUUUCUACUUGUAUCAGAUUGUUGCGCGAUGGGAGAAGUUUUCGAAUCGCGUUCAGCAAGUGGAGGACUCAGAAAAUUGGGCUCAAGUGUUUGCUGCGGAGUUUCCCUUCGCUCGUUUCUUUAGUGAUGCUCCACAGCCACUCUUCAAGGGAGUGUCUUUUGCUGAGGACAAUGAAGUAGCGAAUUCCUGCUUUCGUUACAUUUCGAGGAUGUUCAGUGAAUUGGAGGAGUUCAGAGCAUUUGAGUUGUUGAGGAGUGGACUGGAUCGAUCGAAAUACUUACUGGUGAAAGAGGCAAAGAUCAUCGCUAUGACUUGCACUCAUGCUGCGUUGAAGAGGAAGGAAUUGGUGAAUAUGGGCUUCAAGUAUGACAACAUCCUAAUGGAAGAAGCAGCACAGAUCCUGGAGAUAGAAACCUUUAUUCCGCUUUUACUACAGAAUCCAAUGGAUGGAUUUAAUCGCCUGAAGAGAUGGAUUAUGAUUGGAGAUCACCAUCAAUUGCCACCCGUUAUCAAGAAUAUGGCAUUCCAGAAGUACUCGAAUAUGGAACAAUCGUUGUUCACAAGGCUUGUGAGGCUGGGAGUGCCGACGGUGGAUCUUGAUGGCCAGGGAAGAGCGCGAUCUAGUAUCUGUGAGCUGUACAAAUGGCGAUACAAGCAACUAGGCGAUCUGGCUCAUAUUCAACAAUGGGCAGAGUACAGGAAAGCCAAUGCGGGAUUUGCCUUUGACUUCCAGAUGAUCAAUGUAGAGGACUUUAAUGGUGUGGGAGAGACUGAACCAAAUCCGUUUUUCUAUCAGAAUCUUGCUGAAGCAGAAUACAUUGUGGCAGUGUACAUGUACAUGAGACUUUUGGGUUAUCCGGCAGAGAAGAUCUCUAUUUUGACGACUUACAAUGGUCAGAAGCAUCUCAUCAGGGAUGUUAUUAAUACGCGUUGUGGAGAGAAUCCACUGAUUGGCAGGCCAUACAAGGUAACAACUGUGGAUAAGUACCAAGGUCAGCAGAAUGACUACAUCCUGGUGUCACUGGUGCGAAGCAAGGCGGUGGGACACUUGAGAGAUGUCCGACGUCUUGUCGUGGCCGUCAGUCGAGCACGGCUGGGACUUUACAUGUUCGGGCGAGUGUCUCUAUUCAGAAACUGCCUUGAAUUGCAACCAGCGUUUAAGAUUCUUCUCAAUCGUCCACUGGAUUUGCAAAUUCUCCCUCAUGAAACGUUUCCAUGCGAAAGGACAGUGAGUGAUCCGUUGCCAGGAAGUGUUCUCACUGUUACACACAUGACACAAAUGGCAGAGUAUGUUUACCAAUUCUACAUGCACAAAGUAAAUGAGAUGAAAGUGGCCAUGGAGACGAUGCAACAGAUGUAUGCGAAAACACCUGAAGACAUAUUGAAAGAACAUCAAGAAAUCGACCCAGCGGCUCCUGGCCAGGAGAAGAAGGGCGGGGAAUUGGACAAGAACGAGGAGGCGAAAUUUACAGCCGCUCCAAUCCUGAAUGAAGUGGAGGAUGUUGAUACCACAGCGAUGGAGAUGAAGGUGGAUGAGAAAGAAGAAGGAAAUGUUGAUGAAGAAAUGCCUGAAGACAACAAUUAAUGCAU